ACGAAUUAGAGAACGCUGUGCAGGAGAAUUGUUUUUUCAAUAAUUAUUUUACUCAGCUCAUUUGCUAUUAUGAGAUAAUACAGCAAAUGUAAUAAAUUUUAUACAUAAAGUGGAUCUUAUUUGACAUCUAAUUCCUUAGACACAGCUAACCAUGUUCGCAUAAAUGAAGUUUUAAAACCAUUACUGUGUCUUGUCUGUAACCAGUUGGAAAACGCCCAAAUACUCGACACAAAAUGGAUGAAAACAUUGAUAGCAAUGUUGCUGUUUUGGCUAUUUUGGACAACCAAUCUGCAGCAUACAAACCAACCAUGGCUAUGGCAACAUAUAAUCACAGUCAUACUAUAACUCAGGAAGAAACAGAUGUAAAUGAAACUAAUAAACAAAAUGUAAUUUGGACAAAAAAUGCAACACUAAUGCUUUUAAGUUUAUAUGAAACAAAAAUGCACAUGCUCGACAACCCCAAAAAGAAAUCUAAAAUGUGGCUUUCAAUAGCAGAAGAAUUAAAAUCAUUGAAUGUAGAGGUGACAGCAGACCAAGUCAGAUGGAAAAUAAAUGCUCUUACAAAAAAAUAUAAAGACUGCAUUGAUAACGGACAAGGAGCAAUGAGUUUUAAAUAUUUUAAUGAAAUGCAUCAAAUUCUGGGGCGAUACAGUGAUAAUACUGGUACUUACAGACUAGCCUCAGGUGUUAUACAAGGGUCAGAUGAUUUAGACAAAGAUAAAAAUAAAAGAAAUAUGUCCCUCAAAGGCUCAACACCUUUCAGGCGGUUGAGGGCAGAAAGGAGGGCAAAAAUAGAAUUAGAUAAACAAUGGCUAGACUAUUUAAGGAAACAAGAAGAUCAAAAACAAUUAAGAGAUGAAAGAUAUGAAAGAAACUUAAGGCUGAGACAAGAGGAAUUACAAUUAAGAAAAAAAGAACUGGAAAUUAAGCAAUCAUUAGCAUUAAAAAAAUUACAACUGAAAGAACAAAAACAAGAGGAAAUGUUGAAAAUUGAGAGGGAAAAAUGUGCACUCCUGAGAAAGUUGGUGGCUGAUCAAGAUUUGAUGCGGCAAUAAAAACAAAAUAAUUUUGAGCUGAU